AUGCAGUCUUUCACCAUUGCCACCAUCAUCGCCUUCGCCGCCGCCACCCAGGCCGGCCCUCUUUCCGUCAAGCGCGCUGACCAGUGCAACGUCGCUCCCAGCGGCCCUACCAGCGCCGACGUAUCCCCCUUUUCGCAGCCCGCUGCAGCUACCGCAGACGCCUGCCAAAAGCUUUGCGAGGCCGACGCAAGCUGCCAGGCCUUCGUCUUUGGCCUUCCCGAGUCCGGAAACACUCCUCUCUGCUGGCUCUACAACGUCCCGGCCGCCCAGAUUCCUCCCCAGUCCAACGCCAACCUGAUGGUCUUUGACAAGGCAUGCACUGGCGUUCCCACCGCUGCUCCCACUCAGUCAAACGACCAGAACAACAACGGCCAGGACCAGGGCCAGGGCCAACAACCCAAGAAGCGCAACGUCUGCGGCGCUGCUCCCACCGGCCCCGCCACCAACGAUCCUACCCCUCUUGUCACUCGCGAGGACAUCACUACCCAGGCGGACUGCUUGGCUCUUUGCAAGCAGACAUCUGGUUGCCAGGCCAUCGAGUUCGGCAAGCCCUCCGCUAAUGAACCGGUCCAGUGCCUCUUGUUCAACGUCCCUGCGUCUCAGCUGCCUCCUCCCACUGACGGCCAGACUUUUGUGGCUUUCGACACCGGCUGCUAA